CGGGGCUCGGUCUAUGACGAGCGGCAGGGGGCUGCCAUGGGUCGGGGGCUGCUCAGGGGCCUGUGGCUGCUGCACAUCGUCCUGUGGACGCGCAUCGCCGGCACGAUCCCGCCGCAUGUUCCGAAGUCGGGUGCUUAACAGGAACAGGUCUCCAAGGAAGAUCUUGAAGAUGGUGAUCCCCCUGCUCUACCAGAAUCUCCAUCAGCUUCCUGCAGAGCCACCCUGUGCAAGCCUACAGCCUGGGCACCAGUGGUCGGGCAGCCUGCCUCCUGUGUCCACACAGCUUCCAGACAUUCUUCCGCCUUCCUUCCAGCUGGAUGAUCACCCAGGCAACCCCUUCUCUAGGGAACUUCUAGAGCUCCUGCUGACUUCAUAGCAUUACUUUGACAUGGACUACCAAUGCCUGACCUGCUCUGUCUAGGGGAACAGGGAGAUAAAUUAAUAAUGACUUGAUGGCUGCUGACAGCAAUGGCGCAAUCAAGUUCCCGCCCUUGUGUAAGUUCUGCGAUGUGAGGACAUCCACCUGUGACAACCAGAAGUCCUGCCUGAGCAACUGCAGCAUCACAGCUAUCUGCGAGACGCCGCACGAGGUCUGCGUGGCCAUCUGGAGGAAGAAUGAUGAGAACAUAACAUUAGAGACGGUUUGCCAUGACCCCAAACUCACCUACCAUGGAUUUUUUCUCGAAGAUGCUGCUUCUCCAAAGUGUAUCAUGAAAGAAAAAAAAGUGUCUGGCGAGACUUUCUUUAUGUGCUCCUGUAGCUCUGAUGAGUGCAAUGACCACAUCAUCUUCUCGGAAGAAUACACUACCAACAGCCCCGACUUGCUGUUAGUCAUAUUCCAAGUGACAGGCAUCAGCCUGCUGCCCCCGCUGGGCAUCGCCAUAGCUGUCAUCAUCACCUUCUACUGCUACCGCAUCCACCGGCAGCAGAAGCUGAGCCCAGCCUGGGAGAACAGCAAGCCUCGGAAACUCAUGGAGUUCAGCGAGCACCUUGCUAUCAUUCUGGAAGACGACCGCUCCGACAUCAGCUCCACAUGUGCCAACAACAUCAACCACAACACGGAGCUGCUGCCCAUAGAGCUGGACACGCUGGUGGGGAAAGGGCGCUUUGCCGAGGUCUACAAGGCCAAGCUGAAGCAGAACACCUCUGAGCAGUUCGAGACCGUGGCCGUCAAGAUCUUCCCAUACGAGGAGUAUGCCUCCUGGAAGACGGAGAAGGACAUUUUCUCGGACAUCAACCUGAAGCACGAGAACAUUCUGCAGUUCCUGACAGCCGAGGAGCGGAAGACAGAGCUGGGGAAGCAAUACUGGCUGAUCACCGCCUUCCACACCAAGGGCAACCUGCAGGAGUACCUGACGCGCCAUGUCAUCAGCUGGGAGGACCUGCGCAGGCUGGGCGGCUCCCUGGCUCGCGGCAUCGCUCACCUGCACAGCGACCACACCCUGUGCGGGAGGCCCAAGAUGCCCAUCGUGCACAGGGACCUCAAGAGCUCCAACAUCCUCGUGAAGAAUGACCUGACCUGCUGCCUCUGUGACUUCGGGCUCUCCCUGCGUCUGGACCCCACUCUGUCUGUGGACGACCUGGCCAACAGCGGGCAGGUGGGAACUGCAAGGUACAUGGCCCCAGAAGUCCUAGAGUCCAGGAUGAAUUUGGAGAACGUGGAGUCCUUUAAGCAGACGGAUGUCUACUCCAUGGCUCUGGUGCUCUGGGAAAUGACGUCUCGCUGUAACGCGGUGGGAGAAGUGAAAGAUUAUGAGCCGCCAUUUGGUUCCAAGGUCCGGGAGCACCCCUGUGUCGAAAGCAUGAAGGAUAAUGUGUUGAGAGAUCGUGGACGACCGGAGAUCCCCAGCUCCUGGCUCAACCACCAGGGCAUCCAGAUGGUGUGCGAGACCCUGACCGAGUGCUGGGACCAUGACCCCGAGGCCCGGCUCACGGCCCAGUGCGUGGCCGAGCGCUUCGGUGAGCUGGAGCACCUGGACAGACUGUCAGGGAGGAGCUGCUCCGAGGAGAAGAUUCCCGAAGAUGGCUCACUGAACACUACCAAGUAGCUCUUCCAGGGCGGGCUGGGCCCAGUCUAAGGAGGCCGCCCCUGUCGCCAAAGAACCGAGGCAGCAGGAAGCUGCCCCUGAACCCACGCUUCCUGGAAACCAGGGGUCACUCCCCUCCCUGUGUGCUGCGGCCACGGGCAGGAGGUCGGCAGCAGGACGUGGGACAUGAAGCAUUCUAUGCCUUUGACGUUGUCAUGGGAUAAGCUGUGUUAGCUCUUCCUCAGGAAAUGAGAUUGAUUUUUACAAUAGCCAAUAACAUUUGCACUUUAUUAAUGCCUGUAUAUAAAUAUGGAAUAGCUAUCUUUUAUAUAUAUCUAUAUAUAUAUGUCUAUAUCUAUAUAUGCAGCCAUACUCUAGACAGAGAUGAAGAAAAAGAUCAGCCAUCCCAGGAAAUUGGUCUGAUUGGAGAGCUCCAGAGCCUAGCGCCGAAGGACAGGACCCGUGACAGCAUUAGCACUUGACAGUCGCUCCUGCGCUGGGUCUCUGGCGGCAGGAAGGGGACUCGGCAUCAGGAGAGAGGCCCCACGUCCCAGGACCUGCUCUGGCCACAUGGCACUUGCUUUUGCAGGAUAAUCCCCUGUGCAUGUGUCCUUUUCUGGCCAGGGAGCUAAGUACUGUCAUGUAGUUUGGGGACCACAUCCUGGGGCUCUCAUGUGCCAUUGCUUCUCCAGGACUUUUCACUUGAGCUUCAAGCGCUCAUCUGGUUUGUAAGCCACCUUCCACAACUAGCUCAGAGACUCUGUCCCAGCUAAUAGCUUAAAUGUGUUGAGCCCCAUGUUUGUCCUGCACAGGCUUCACUGGUGGAAAAAUCAGGACAAAAUUCCCCACCUUCUUGCUUUACCAUCUGCUAACGAGCACUUGUAAUUGUUUUCAUCCCUCCCCAUACCUGUUGCGAGUCUCUACCCUCCACCCUCUUCCCUUCCCUAUAAGGGAAGAAACCGUCCCUCCGGGGUCUGUUGCAUUUAAUUUCUCAUCACACUGGCAUGAGUCUUUAGCUUUCUCUGCACACACCAGUGGGUGCCAUCUUUCUGGGCUCCUGCAUGCUCAGACACGUUGACCUCGUGGAAAUGAUUGGAGCUGCCUGAUUUCUGCCAAUCAGGACGGUUUCACUCAGCAGUCUGAACAUGGCUUUUGCCCGGCCAGCACAGUGUUUAACAAAAUGGAGCCACUUUUUAAAUAUUUGGAGAUUUUGCAAGAAAGAGUCUGGGUGCCCAAGUGAGGAAAUAGAUAGUAGAUGCUUUGCAGUCCUCUCCCAGCCACAUUAUUCACGGAAUGAAGGUGUGGACACACUUAUAAAUUGCUUCACUUGUCACUGUAAGCAUUUGCAUUUCCCACUGCCCACCCUACCCCAGUCUGAGAAUUAAACCCACUCCUAACCUAGGACCCCUGUAAGAAAUGUGCAUUAAAUCAGUCAUUCUCUGGCUGUGUAAUGUGAUUUCAAUUCCCUCCCUCCACCCCAUCUAGUGUUAAGAUUUGAAGUUGACCUUUUUUUGGACUAAAGGGGUCUCCUCUUGGUGGUCCUGGUUAACCCAAGUCUCUUUGGCCUGUAGGUCUAGAGUUUUCCUCUGCAUUAGCAAGGGAAGCUCUCUAUCAUUAGAAGCAUUUGCUGUGGAUUCUGGUCUCUCCAUCAUACCAGCCUUCCCAACCUUUGCAGAAUUUGCCAACAAGGACUUGAACGGGGACACAGAGUCCCAUCUGCAAUUAGGAAAUCUGUAUCUACGUGGACAAGAACAAAGAGUGACCUUUAAUACUCCAUAGGAAACUUGUUAAUCCGCAAACAAGUGUUAAUGCUGCAAAUAUCAAUCUCUUUUUUUUUUAAUGUUUUCGAAGCUACCUACCUUCAGCCAAAUAGGACUAUUACGGAGGGACGGGCAGUGAGCAGAUCAGCUCGAACUGGAUCUUGGAAUGUCUCAUCUCAGUGGGGUUUUAGCAGCCGUGCUGGAGUUUGGGACUAGGUGAAACUUCUAGGCCCCCUACCCAGUGGCAGUAGGCUGAGACAGUGAAGGACAGCUUGGCUACAAUAAAUACCACGCGAGUGCCCAGAAAUGCCUUGCACCUUAAGGGCUUCCUGUCGCUGUCCCAAUAGCUGUUGCUUAUUGACCUCUAGUGGUGAAUUUCUAGAAUACUGGCCCAUUAAUGGGAUUUUCCAAGAUUCAAAAGCUUUAUCACUUCUGGGUCAUCAUCAGCAGAAACUGGAAUGUAGUGUCAGAUGAUAACUGUGGCUUGUUUUAAGUUUUUUUUUUCUUAUUCAAGAAAAAGACCAAGGAAUAACAUUCUGUAGUUCCUAAAAAUACUGACCUUUUUUUCACUACUAUACAUAAAGGGAAAGUUUGUAUUCUUUUAUGGAACACAUCAGCAGUACUCAUGUAUUAAAACAGGAAUGUGAAUGCUAUAUACUCUUUUUAUAUCAAAGGUCUCAAGCACUUAUUUUCAUCCUAUGCAUUUUUUGUCUUUUAUAUAAAUAAAAUGUUUAUUAGAUUGAAUAAAGCAAAAAUACUCAGGUCA